AUGAAUAAUGGCGGUGAAAAGGUUUCUUCGUUAUACCAAGAAAUGCAACAAAGAAGUCAACCGGUUAAUGGACAACAAAAUCAGCCCCCGGUCAGCGGAAAGAGCCUCUGGCAGAAUCAGCCCCAGCAAUUCACUCAGAGCCAGGCUUAUGGUAUGAAAAACACUUCUAGAAUGCCGCAUGGGAAACAGCCAAUGUUAAUGGCCAACAAUGAUGUGUUCUCAAUAGGUCCUUAUAAGGCUAGGAAGGAUAGUUCGAGGUUUUCUGUCCUUGAAAAGUACGAAAUCAUUGGCUACAUAGCUGCUGGUACCUAUGGUAAGGUCUACAAAGCUAAGAAGCGGCCUGGCACUGUGGAGUGCGAUGGUAGUGAUGAGGUUUUGAACGUUGAGCCAACAGGAGUGCAAACAGGCUCUCAUGCUAACGAAGCUGAAAACCAGAUUUCAAGUGACAUAAUUGCAGAUCCGAUUGACACAGGUCUUCGAGCGGUAGAGAAAACUUCUGCUACACAGAACGGGUUACAGAUUCCUGCUUCAUCUUCCAAUGCGUCAGUUCCUAGCACAAGCGCAGGGGAGCAUCCUGGUCUCAGCAGAGGUAAGGUUGCUUCGACUUUUUAUGCUAUUAAGAAGUUCAAAACCGAGAGAGAAGGUGUCGAACAAUUGCAUUAUACAGGCAUAUCCCAGAGUGCGUGUCGAGAAAUGGCGCUCUGCAGAGAACUUAACAACAAGCAUUUGACCAAGCUGGUAGAGAUCUUUUUGGAGAGGAAAAGCAUAUAUAUGGUUUACGAGUUCGCCGAACAUGACCUUUUACAGAUUAUCCAUUACCAUUCGCAUCCUGAAAAGCGCAUGAUACCACCGAAAAUGAUUUGCUCGAUCAUGUGGCAAAUCCUUGAUGGAGUUUCGUACCUUCAUCAGAACUGGAUUCUUCAUAGGGAUCUCAAACCCGCUAACAUCAUGGUAACACUUGACGGGUGCGUGAAGGUUGGAGACCUUGGUCUAGCGAGGAAGUUUUCAAAUAUGUUACAGACCCUGUACACGGGAGAUAAGGUCGUGGUCACAAUAUGGUAUAGGGCACCAGAACUGCUGCUCGGCGCUAGACAUUACACCCCUGCGAUCGACCUCUGGGCCGUUGGCUGUAUUUUCGCUGAAUUGAUAGGGCUGCGACCGAUUUUCAAAGGUGAGGAGGCCAAGAUGGACUCCAAGAAAAGCGUACCGUUUCAGGCGAACCAGCUGCAAAGAAUCCUCGAGGUUCUAGGAACACCCACUUCAAAGACAUGGCCGCAUGUCCAGAAAUAUCCGGAAUUCGACCAAUUGUGCAAAUUUUCCAAAUAUAAAGACAAUUUGGCAACUUGGUAUCAUGCUGCUGGCGGAAGAGAUAAAAGUGCACUUGAUCUGCUUUAUCAGCUACUUAAAUACGAUCCUAUGACCAGAAUUGACGCCAGUAAUGCUUUGGACCAUGACUACUUUACAGGCGCUGGAAAUGCAGUAUAUGAAAACGUCUUCGAGGGUCUAAACUACAAGUAUCCUGCCAGACGGAUACAUACGAAUGAUAACGAUAUUAUGAAUUUGGGAAAUACCAGAGGCAAAAACGUGAACCAGCAGCAGGCAACAACAGCAGUGCCUAGUUCCUCAUCAAAUGCACUUGGAGGUUUGGGAGUUAAUCGCAGAAUUUUGGCAGCUGCUGCUGCCGCGGCAGCUGCAGUUUCCGGGAAUAAUGCGGCUUCACAGUCCGCCGGUCGAACCUCCGAGCAUAUCAGAAAGAAAAGGAGGUGA